AUGACUGAAAAUGAGGGAGAUAAAAAGCUUAAUUGGAUGUACAAGGGCCCAAAUAGCAUGGUCAACAGAGAAGAAUAUCUUCUGGGCCGUAGCGUUGAUAAAACGCUGGAACAAUUAGAUGCCGACGAAAAAACGAAAGCAUUGCAUUUACCUGUGCCUAAAAAUCACGUUGAACACGAGUGUAUACCUCCAUCAAUAAGAGAUUUCAAUAAAAUUGUGCCAGCUGAACAAGUCGAUCUUUCAGCAAAACUACAAGAGGAUCCUUUGGUGGCCAUAAAAAAACGUGAAGAAGAAGCAAGAAGGCAGUUCUUGCAGAAUCCUGUGCAAUUAAAGAAACUUCAGAAAGCUCUGGAAAGUCAGGCAAGUAACAAAAUAAAAAAAAAGAAGAAACGCAAGAAUGAUUCUGACAGUGAUAUUGAUGCACAGAUUAGUAAAAAGUUGGCUAUGCUUAAAGGAGGGCCUCUAGAAUCAGAUAUUGCUGAUAAAAAGGCAAAAGGAAGUGCUCUAGAUACUAUUUUGAUGCAUAAAUAUAAUCAGUUAAAAGAUAAGUUAAGUCAAGAUGAUUUAAAUGAUAUUUUGGAGGGAAAAGAUAGUAGCGAUGAUGAGGAGGAAGAAGAUAAGAAAAAGAAGAAAAAAUCCAAGAAGAAUAAAAAGAAGAAAGAAAGGAGUAGUAGUGAAUCAAGUGAUUCAGAGUCUAGUGAAGAUGAAAGAAAGAAAAAAAAACAUAAAGAUAAAAGAAAUAAUGACUUGCAGGAGAAAGAAAGGAGUAAAAAAAAUAGGAGGGAUAAUGGUUAUUGGGAUUACAGAAAUAGAAGAAAUGAAAGAAGCAGAAGUAGGGAUAAUAAAAAAGAUCAUAGAAAUUGGAGGGAUUCUUCAGAUAGAAACAUUAAGAUAAAUGACAGAAAAAAUAUAAAUGAAAAAAUUAAAGACAAAACAAACAAAAACAAAGAUAGAAAAUAUAAAAGAUCAGAGUCUGAAGAUAGUACUCCUGAAAGAAAACAUAAAAGAGAAAAAAGUGAAGAAAGAAAAGACAAAAAGAAGAAAGACAGGAAAUAUAAACUAUCAGAGUCAGAAGAAAGUGAUGAUGAUAAAAGUAAAAGAAGGCAUAGAACAGAUAAAAGCAAAGAAAACAAGAGCAAAUGGAAGAAUACAAAAUUAAAAUCAUAUGAUAGCAGUGAAGAUAGUGAUGACAACAAAAGUAAAGGAAGACAACAUAAAAGAGAAAAAAAGAGCAAAAGGAAGAAUAAAAUAUCUGACAGCAGUGAAGAGAGUGAUGAAAACCAAAGUAUAAGAAGAAAGCAAAAAAGCAAAGACAAAAAGAGCAAAAGGAAGAAUAAAAAAUCGGAAUCAUCUGAAGACAGUGAAGAUAAUAAAAAAAGUAAACGCCAAAACAAAAAGAAGAAAGACUUGAGCAGUGAAGAUAGUGAAGCAGAAAACGAAAAAAGAAGGCAAAAAAUCUACUACAAACCCCAAUAUGACAGCGAUGGUACUGAAAUUCCAUUCAAGCCACAAGCAUGGGGUUUAGUGAAAUCUGAUGGCACUAAGAUUGAUGUUAAACGCAAACCUAAAGAAUCAUACAAAAGAAAGGAAGACAAAAAGGUGGAAGACGAUAAAUCUGCGAGCGCUCAUGAUAGGAAAAGACCGAAAAAGUUAACGGAAGAGGAGAAGGAUAGACUUAGAGAGGAGAUGAUGAAUAAUGCAGUAUGGAGGGAUAAGGAGAGAACUGAGAAUGUGAAGAGGUAUAGGGAGAAUGAUAAGAAGGAGGAGGAGAGUUAUAAGGGGAAUUUUAAGGAAGAUUUUGUGCAUAGAGAAUUGGUUAAAUCUGCCAAUACAUCAAGUGUAGAGGGUAGAAUAAAGUCAAACUUAGCUAACAUACAGAGAUCCUCCAAACAUAUGGAGUCCCAUUUUUCUAGAAGAUAA